AUGGAAGACUUCGAAGAAGUCCGCCAUUUGGGGCGCGGGGCCUUUGGGGAGGUGAAGCUCAUGCGGCAAACGUCCACCGGUCUCCUGUGUGCUGUGAAGAAGCUGGGCAAAGCUGCGUUGACCGCAGGAGAAGAGGCCGAACACCUGGCGGAGGUGAAAGCGUUGCAAACAUUGCAACAUCCGUGCAUCCUUCGGUACUACGGCUCGGUGGAGUUGGACGAGACCUUGAGCUUAGUCAUGGAGUUUGCGGAUGCUGGUGACCUCCAGCAGUUGCUCAAAGAGCAAGCAGAUAGUGGGAAGCUCUUCGAGGUGGCUGCACUCUUCGCGGUGUUCUCCCAGCUGGUGGUAGCUGUAGCUCACGUCCAUGAACAGCGAGUGAUGCAUCGCGACUUGAAGCCCUCCAACGUGAUGCUCACCAGUGAUGGGCUCCUGAAGUUGGGAGACUUCGGUGUCGCCAAGGUUUUGGCCGGCACCACCGUGAUGGACAACAUGACGUGUGUGGGCUCGCCCACCUACAUGGCCCCAGAGAUUGUCUCUGGUGACGCAUAUGGCCCCUCCUGCGAUGUUUGGAGUUUGGGUGUGAUCCUCUACGAGAUGUCCAGCUUCCGGCGGCCCUUUGAGGGACGGAGUGGGGCUGUCCCCAGCAACGAGAGCGAGCAGAUUUCGUUGGCGGGACGAAUCGAAGCAGGUUUAGGAGAGCUGGUGAUGAGGAUCUCCUCUGGUCAGUUCCAAGAACUGGGUGAGCACCUGCGCGACCAGCCUGGAGGUGCCGUCCUGGACGAAGCCGUGAAGCCCUUCACCGCUCGGAUGUUGGUCGCAGACCCCAAGCAGCGGGGCACCAUGCGGGAGGUGGUCCGGCUGCCGGCCAUGCAAAUCUUUGCAAGUUCGCUGAAGACCAGUGCCGUCGUGGUGGCCGCCCUGCUGCGGGAUCUGAAGGAGCCCAGCAAAUCCAAAGGAGUGGAAAUCGAUUCCGCUGCAGUGGACGAACUGAUCGCUGAGCUGGCGUCGUCCCCCAAGCGUGAUAGCUCUAGUACUUUGAAGGGCUUGCAGAGUGGAAGCAGUUCCGCUGUUCCCAGUGGCCCCAGGGCUUUAGCCAAGGUGAAGCAGACCGUGGAGCUCGACGACUCUUUGGCCUUCUCCAUGACCGCCUCGGAGCGUGGCUCCAAAGAGAUCAGCUUCUCCUUGACCGCGACGGAGGAGUUGAAGCCGAGCCCAUCGGUUCCGUCGGAGGGCGGGAGGCGAAGCGGGCAGACUGUUGGAUCCACAGGUUUCGGUGCCUCCCAGGACCACCAUGCGCUACGAGAUGUCCUCACGGAUGCCGCUUCUGCACGUUCCCGAAGCCCGAGCACGGAGGGCGGGACACGAAGAGCUCCUAGGACUGGAGGCUUGGCCUCGCAAGAUCCGCAUGCUUUGCACGUCUUGGGAGAUGCCCUGCCACCACGGUCGCCCAGCCCACACCAGGCGACGGAGGCCAUUGGCAAGCGAAGGGGGUCCCCAGCCGGCACUGGAGGUUUGGCAGCUUCACAGGACCAACACGCACUCAGAGAUGUCCUGGGCAAUGCCUUGGGUCCUUCCGCAUCGGCCUCGCAUCACGUGCCCGUCCUCAACCAAUCCACCAGCGAGGUGUCCAAAGCCUUGGCACAGAAGAGCCUACAGAGGGCAGGUGCCGCAGGCCUAGCGGGCACGCAAGACCACCACGCCCUUAGAGAUGUCUUGGGCGAUGCCUUAGGCUUGACCUCCGAGCCAGGACGCAGUGAGAUGGGGACGGUGGAGGCUGGGCAAAUCGACCUCAGGGGGCUGGGAACAGGCCGCCGCCGAGAUCGAGUCAAAGCAGGCUGGAGAGGCCGGCAGCGUGUUGAUGGACCAGGUGAGUUGUGGAUGGAAAGUCUCUUCCAGGACAGGCGCUGCCGGUCUCCGCGGUCGGAGACCGGAUCCUUGCGGAUGGGUGCGGAUGGUUUUCCGGGCGUGGAGGGCUUGGGGGAGUGGGAGUGGAUUUGGCCGGUCGCGAUGCCGAACGCAAUCCGUGCCACUGUGCGCCGCAGUGCCUUUAGCGACCUGGUGGGCGCCUUCCGACGAAGCACCCAGGUGGACGGCUUGACCAUCGUCACGGACGAGGCCUCGGCGGACCGAGCCUUGGCCGAGCUUCGCAGGUUGGGCGAUCGAGUGCACGCGUGGGACACCGAGACGGCCGAGGUCGAGAUCGGUCGCCGCGGGCAGACGCCUUGCCACACGGGGCGGGUGGUUUGUGCCACGGCCUUUUGCGGUGAUGAUGUGGACUUCGGCCAAGGACCGAUGCUUUUGGUCGACAACGUGGGCCCUGCCGCAGGCUUGAUCCAGCGGAAGUUUCACUCCUACUUCGAGGACGCCAGUACAAGAAGGUCUUCCACAAUUAUGCCUUCGACAAGCUGA